UCGAAGGAAUACAUGUUAUUUUUUCUUCUUCCAUCUUCUCUUCUGUGAGUCAAGGUAACUUAACCUCACUUACGGAAGAUAAACAAGUUAUCAGAGAAAAAUUCUUAUUUUAUUCAAAUUAUAAGCAGAAAUUAAAUCAUCUUCAAACUCUGCAGUUUCACCCGAAGAGUUAAUAAAUUAAUCAAAAUACAAAAAACCAUGGAUGAUGGAGAUCCCAAGGAAUACCGCUGGGAAACCGGCUACGAAAAAACAUGGGAAGCAAUCAAGGAAGACGAUGAUGGGUUCCUUGAAGCUUCUGUUGCUGAUAUAAUCCAAAGAGCUAAAAGGAAAAGACAAAAUACAAAAGGAUAUGGAACUAAGCUUGGAAUGAUGAGGCACUUCUAUAUUAUAUUGGAUUGUUCUGAAUCAAUGUCUAGUCAAGACUUAAAACCUACUCGACUCAUUUGUACAUUAAAGCUUCUGGAAGGUUUCAUGGAAGAAUUCUUUGAUCAAAAUCCUAUAAGUCAGAUUGGAGUUAUCAUAAUGCAUAACAAGAGGGCAGAAAAAAUUGUUGACCUUGCAGGUAAUGCAAAAAAACAUAUUAAAACAUUGAAGACACUGAAUAAAACAUCAUUGGUGGGGGAACCUUCCCUUCAGAAUGGGUUGGAGAUGGCUUUCAAAUCACUGAAAUUACUACCUACUCACGCAAGUAGAGAAAUAUUGAUUAUUAUGGGAAGUCUCACAACGUGUGAUCCAGGUGAUAUCAAUACAACAAUCAGUGCCUUGAAAACAGAGGGAGUUAGAUGUUCUGUUAUAGGCUUGGCAGCUGAAGUACAUAUCUGUAAACAAUUAGCAAAAGAAACAGGUGGAACAUAUAAUGUUAUUUUGGAUGACUGUCAUUUUAAAGACUUAUUGUAUCAGCAGAUAGAUCCCCCACCAGCUGCCAGCGGGCUGGAAUCUAGUUUGAUCAAAAUGGGAUUUCCUCAUCAAAUGUCUGUUGAAGGAACUGAAGAACCAUUAACUAUGUGUAUGUGUCACGUUGAUAGCAUAGAUGAGGGCAGCAAACUAACAACUGGUGGUUAUUAUUGCCCACAAUGUUACAGUAAAUAUUGUGAACUUCCAGUAGAAUGUCGAUCUUGUGGACUAACUUUAGUUUCUGCUCCGCAUUUAGCUAGAUCUUAUCAUCACUUGUUCCCUGCAGCAAACUAUCAAGAAAUUGAGUAUGAGAAACAAUCAGAAAUUUGUUUUGCAUGCCAGAAGCUAUUUAAUGAAUCGGAUAAACAGAUAUACAAGUGCCCAAAUUGUCAGAAUUUUUACUGCAUUGAUUGUGAUAUUUUUGUCCAUGAGACGCUCCAUACAUGUCCUGGAUGUGCCACAAAUCCUUCUACAUUCCAAAUAACACAAACAGGUUAAAUCGAAUUGCAAGAGAUUUUAUUCCAUCUCUACCUUUCUAUUUUUCACCAAGGACAAUUGUUGAUUACUAGAAUAGAAACCAUUUGGAGAAA